AUGACAGUAAAUAUUGCCGGGGCUCUGUCAAUGGCCAUUUUUUAUCUUUUUAUUCUUGUGGUUGGCAUCUGGGCUGCAAAAAGAGCCCAAAAAGUCGAGAGAACAUAUGUGGGUGAUCGCUCUGAAAUGGUCAUGAUCGCAGGAAGAAAAAUUGGAAUUAUUCUGGGCAUUCUAACAACCACAGCAACGUGGGUUGGUGGUGCCUAUAUAAAUGGCACAGCUGAGAUGGUAUAUCGACCGGAUGCUGGGUUAGUGUGGACUGUAGCCCCUUGGACGAGUUUGCUCUGUUUGUUCAUCGGUGCGUUAUUUUUUGCCAAGAAAAUGAGAAGGCAGAAGUAUGUAACUAUGUUGGAUCCCUUUCAGCAACGCUAUGGCAAUUACGUUGCAAGCCUUGUAUUUAUUCCGGCUAUAAUUGGUGAAGUAUUCUGGUCUGCUGCCAUUCUGGCAGCCCUAGGUACAACUUCCAGUAUCAUACUAGACCUAAAUAAGAAUGCAUCAAUGGUGAUCUCAGCCUGUGUAGCAAUGAUUUACACUUUACUUGGGGGUCUGUACUCUGUGGCAUAUACUGAUGUCGUUCAGUUAGGAUGCAUUUUCUUUGGUUUGUGGCUCUGUGUUCCUUUCACAAUUCAAAAUCAAGCUGUUACAAGCAUCAAACUCACAGCAGUUAAGGAGGUCUAUCAGAAGCCCUGGCUUGGAAAAAUUGAUAAGAUAUUUAUUGGAAGAUGGAUAGAUGAUCUUUUGCUAAUGGUGUUGGGUGGAAUACCAUGGCAAGCCUACUUUCAACGAGUGCUGGCUUCUUCCUCACCUAAAAGUGCUCAAAUAUUAUCAAUAGCAGGAGCAUUCGGUGGUUGUAUUAUGGGCAUUCCUUCAGUCCUAAUUGGCUCCGUUGCAGCUUCUACAGACUGGAAUCAAACUUCUUAUGGUGCCAUAUCACCUUUUGAAAAGGGGGAAGCUGCUAUGAUCCUGCCGAUAGUCCUUCGAUAUUUGUGCCCUCGUUACAUUUCUAUUUUUGGAAUUGGCGCCAUUUCUGCUGCUGUCAUGUCUUCAGCGGACUCCUCUCUUCUUUCAUCCAGCUCCAUGUUCACCCAUAACAUCUAUCGGAAAAUUCUCAGACCAAAGGCCUCAGAGAAGGAAAUCAUGUAUGUGAUGAAAACCACAGUCCUUCUGGUGACAGUACUUGCCACAGUCCUUGCUCUUUUUACCCACACCAUUUAUGGCCUUUAUGCAUUAAGUGCUGACAUUGCGUACGUUAUCCUUUUUCCACAGCUUGUUUGUGUUCUUUAUGUUCCACAUGUGAAUAGGCUUGGAUUUGUCACUGGAGUUCUGGUAGGGGCAUUGCUCAGGAUUACUGGAGGUGAACCCCUUUUUCAUUUUCCACCUGUUAUCCACUAUCCUGGAGGUUAUUUCCAAGAUAGCUAUUAUGUCCAGACUUUCCCUUAUAAAACAUGUGCAAUGCUCUCCUCUCUGAUUACAACUGUAGUCUUGUCACAUAUCAGCAAAAUUAAAUGGCCAGAAAGCUACAUAACUGCAUUUACAUUGACAGGAAGACCAAGUGAGAUGAGAAACACUGAUUUAUUAUAUCAAUAAACUGGAAUAAUAAUACAUACGAUAUACAGCACAAUCACACUGGUGGAGGAAUGACAUGGACUUUGCUUUUCUUACCUGAAUUAUUCACUUGUACUUCUGCAGUGCUCACCAAUUAUAAGACUUUGUUGUAUUUAAAUUAGUAAUAAUGAAUAAAAUAAAUGUUUAGUAAGGCUUCUAACAGGGCACUAUGGCAGAUUUGGGAAAUUUAUUAACUAUGCUUUCAAGCUUCAGACGUAAUGAUUAGGAUACACACAGUGCUGUGAAAUCUUUCAUUUGGGACAAAUAAAACUUCAUUUUUACAGCACGGUAACAGGUUCUUCCAGCCCAGUGAGAUGGCGCUGCCCAAUUACACCCACGUUAACCUACUAACCUGUACGUCUUUGGAACGUGGGAGGAAACCAGAGCACACGGAGAAAACCCAUGCAGUCACAGGGAGAACUCCUUACAGACAGCAGCGGGAAUUGAACCCCAAUCGCAGGCACUAUAAUAGCAUUAUGCUAACUGGUUUGCUACCAUGCCGCCCCCAUUAAUUUAGACAUUUCCAUAUUAUUUUGCUGGCUGGCAUCUUUUAACACAAUACUAAAAAAGUGACCUCAGGGUGACCUUAGAUGAG